AUGAAGACACUGGAGGAUCAGGCCGAGGUCGCUAUUAAAGCAAAAGACGAAGCUGAGGAGAAGGUUGGUGCUGCUGAGGCGAUUAACAAAGUCCUUCAAGCCCAGCUGAAGGAAGCUGAGGAUAAAGUGGCCCAAGCCCAAAAAGAGCUUCAAGAUGCCUUGGCGACCAAAGAGACCGAAAUCAAGGACGCCGAUGAGAAGGCGUAUGCCCAGGGCAUAGACGAUGUCACGGAGGCCUAUGAAAAGCAAGUCAAGCAAGCAUGCAACAAGGAUGAGGAGGGUGAUGAGGUCCUCAAAGAUGCUGCUCCUAAGAGGGUUUCAGCCAACGUCCCCCUUGCCGACAAAAGUAUUGAUGAAACCUUGCAAGAGAUUGAUGCUGAGCUUGCAGCAGAGAAGGCUGCCAAGGUGGUUUCUCAACAGUCUUCCGAGGUCCCAACCCAGCUCAUUGCCGAUGUUGAGUAA